AUGGAUUUGGAAGUAGACGAAAACAACCGGUUCAAACAUCUGUUUCUUGCUCUUGCGGCUUCCAUCUCACCUUUCUUCUUUUCGCUUCGACCAGUGAUUGUGGUCGACGGCACACACUUGAAGGGGAAGAACAAUGGUAUUUUGUUCGUCGCCGUGACAAAAGACGCAAACGAGCAAGUUUUUUCGUUGGCAUUUGGUGUCGGGCCGAUCGAGAAUGAUGAGUCAUGGAAGUGGUUCCUCUCAAAUAACAAAAUUAAGGGCUACGGGCAAGCUGUUGUUGAGCUUUUCCGCCAGGCUGCAUACGCCUACGAGGACUCAGAAUUUUCACGUGCAAUGUCGGCUAUGGCUCAAUUGAAGCCGGCGGCGUACGAGAAGUUGAUGCGCGUAGGCCUUGAGAAGUGGGCACGAUCACAAAGUCCGGUGACCCGUUAUAGUUUUCUUACAUCUAAUGUUGCCGAGGCUUUGAAUGCCCGUUUGUUGUGGGCCAGACGCCUUCCUAUAUGCUCCAUGCUGGAGGCAAUCAGGAUGGUUCUGGAGCAGUGGUUCAAUGACAUACUUGCGUCUGCGGAAGAGAGCGAUGAUCUUCUUACUCCAGAGGCAACACAGAAGAUAAGUGCGGAGAUCUCAAAGAGUCGUCGUUACACUGCGAAGAGGACCUCCGAGAGAAAAUACAGGGUUCGUGCUGGUGAUCGUCGCUACAUGGUUGACCUUCAAGCGAAGAGCUGUGAAUGCAAUGAAUUCGACCUGGACGGCAUGCCUGAGGCGAAAGAGCCAGUGGAAGCUUACUACCUGCGGAGUUCACUGGUUCAAACAUACUCCGGUUCAGUAAAUCACUUGCCUCCCUUAGAGCAUUGGGAAAUUCCGUUUGAAGUUGCAACUGAUGUUGUUUUGCCAAACCUUUCUCAGCGACAAGCUGGUCGACCAAGAGAAUCUAGAAUUCCUUCAGCUGGUGAGAGGCCGACUCAGAGGACUACUACAGCGGAUGCAUCAAGUAGUCUGGGAAAACGAGCACCCAAAACCUGUGGUCUAUGUAGCUCGCCUGGCCACACACGUAGAGCAUGCAAGGGUACGGGCUGGGAGCAGUAG